AUGGCAAGUUCCACCGACCCGGAAUGGAUUGAAGUAUUGUGUAAGGAAUACCAAAGGGAAGUUAGAGAAUAUGCCCGCUGGCCGGUGCUACUUUUACAAUCCAAUGCUCGGAGACUGGUGUGGGCAAUAAGUGGAGUUCUUGGAGUUGCUGCUAAAGGUGUGCCAGAUACCGAAGAAUGGGAUGCAUACAAGAACAGGCUGGCUGCCAGGUUCAUCCUGCUGGCCGUGUCGUGCAUUCAGCUGACGGCGAAGAUGCAGGAUUUGAUGGCACCACUCACUGCGACAUUGGUGCGGUCCUCUCUCAUGAAGGAGGGCAUCGACCUCAGCAGAGAGGACAUAGUGGCUAUGGAAUUCCACGUUUUUCGGGCUGUAGAUUUUACAUUGCCCCUCUGGACAAGCCUAGAAAUAUCAGAAUUCCUGGCGACUCAGGUGGGACUAGUGAAGCGGUCAAUUUUGGAGGCAGUGGGGCUCAUAACGAAUAUAACCGAGUUCUACCGAGACGAGUUAGAGUUACAAAUGAAAGGCUGGUUGACUCGCAACCCGGCUGGUACUCCAAUAACAACAGCACCGAGACCCAGUCCAGACAGUGUGACUAUCCACAACUUGCACAUGUGUGCAGGGGUUGUGGUAGCCACGGCUCGCUACUUCCGCUCACAGUUUCCCGACCUUAUCCAUCGUAUAGCUAUUUUAAUCAGGACUAUUCCAGAUUAUAUAAAAGCUAUUUCUGAUUACGUACUCAAUAAUGUUAUUGAUGAUACAUACGUGCCUACCCCCAAAAGGAGACGCCUUCGGUAG